AAAAAUAAAAAAAUUGAAGACAGAUCAAAAUUCCUAGAAACAUAGCUUAAAAAUGGAGGAGGUUGAGAGAUGAAAUAACCCAGAAGUGAGAAGUCAAAGUGAAAGCUCUAAACAAAAAACAGAAUGGGAAAAACAGAGUUUGAAUCAGUGAAGAGGUACUUGGAGAAUAAUAAAGGAGAAUCAGAAUCAGAAUCAGAAACUCGAGCAUUUUUGGAACAUCUAAUCUUGCGUGGCCUACGCCUCAAUCUCAUUGAACCUGGCCAUGUCGUCUUCUCAAUGAACAUUCCUCCACGUUUACUCAAUUCAGGUAACUACUUACACGGUGGUGCUAUAACUACUCUGGUGGAUCUGAUAGGCGCAGCCGCAAUUCCCGCCGCUGGAUUUCCGUGGGAUUCCGGAGUUUCCCUCGAGAUCAAUCUAUCAUGCUUGGAUGCUGCAUAUGCUCAUGAGGAGAUUGAGAUCGAUGCCAGAGUUCUACGAGUAGGAAAGACUAUAGCUGCUGUAAGUGUGGAGUUCAGGAAGAAAAAGACUGGCCAAAUUUUUGCUCAGGGGCGUCAUACCAAAUAUCUUCCUAGUACCAUAGCCAGUAAAUUGUGAUACUCAGAACAAAGAAGAUAUGAAAUUUUUGAGGUAGAAUACUAUUCUACCAAUUAUAAUUCAAAAAUUCUAUUUGACAUUCAUUUCUCAUAUGAUUUGAUGGGGAUUUCCAUCAGGUGUUGUUUGUGUUUCAUUCAAUAUCAUUCCCUGCUAGAAAUAUUAGAGUUGUAUUUUAUCAAUGUUUGGUUUUCUAAGUUCCAUAUAAUUGAGAACAAAGUCACGAAUAAGAUAUUUUGAGUAUCCUUAGAAUAGGGUUGCUCUUGGUGAUGGUUAUUUUGAUCCCUUGUAACAUAAUUUAUACAAAGGAUGGCUUAUACCAGAAAUGGUCUGUGUAAUAAUUCUUAUAAUUGUGCAGUUGAUAACUAGCCUAUAUUAUAGUAUCUGAAAUUACCUUCUGUUAAAGAGGAAGUUGGAUAUCCCUUCAAUGCAGGUUGCACUGCGGGAGCUCGAGCUCCUUUGUGGGGGUGGCAUGGCAACCGUGUUGGUUUGGGUAUGUGCAUGAAUUUGAAUCCUCUCUUGCCCUUCUUCUCCAAUUUUAUGUCCUACACAGAUUUGAACCGCCCAUCAAUUAUACUAUGGUGUUGACUGCUAACAUUUAAUGAAAAUCAAAGGUUGAGAUCGAACGGUACCAUUCAA